AGUUUUGGUGGGGAGUUCUAAUCCCACCCAAAGAAUUGGCUGUCCUUCCUCAGCCUUCCUUUAACCCCUUUCAUUUCUUUGGUUCCUUUAACUUGAAGAGAUGACCAGACGAUCAUAAAAUAGAAGGUGGCAAGCCACCUAAAACAAUGGCAUCCUCGCACCUGAUGAUUGGUAGCGGACCGAGCCGUUGGCUCCCUCCUUUUUAAUACGAUCCGGCUCACCUUCCACCCAGCUCAUCCAAAUAUAAAAUCCUCCACCAUCUCCUCCUCCCAGCUCCGCAUCCCCCCCUCCUCUCUCUCUCUCCUCUUCUUCUAUUUUUUUUCUUCUUUCCUUAGUUUUUCCCUUUUUGGCUUUUGUUUUGGUUUCUUCUGCUUCUUCUCGGAGGAAAAAUGGGCUCCUUCGAUCGAUCCAAGAAGAGGAUCCAGCUAUGGAAGAAGGCGCUCCUCCACUUCUCCCUCUGCUUCGCCAUGGGCUUCUUCACCGGCUUCGCCCCCACGAGCACCGCCUCCCUUUUCUCCGGCCAGCUCAUCUCCUACCGACACAUCAAGAAUUUGGGCAUCUCGGCCGAGCCCGCCAGCCUCAACCGAAACCUGAUGGCCAAGAUCUCGACCGCCAGAGACCCCACCGACACAACCCCCAAGGAGGAACCCCGGAAUCUUCUGAUCGUCAUCACCACGACUCGGUCCGAGGACAGGUUUCAAGGAGCUUUCUUGACGAGGUUGGCGCAGACCCUGAGGUUGGUCCCCCCGCCGCUCCUCUGGAUCGUCGUGCAGGCCCACAGCGAAGCUCCGGCGACCGCCGACAUGCUGAGGAAGACCGGAAUCAUGUACAGGCAUUUGACUUUCAAGGAGAAUUUCACCGACGCCGAAGCGGAGGCGGAUCACCAGCGGAAUGUGGCGCUCGGUCACAUCGAAGACCACCGGCUCACCGGAAUUGUGCACUUCGCUGGAAUCUCCAACAUCUAUGAUCCCCAACUUUUUGAGGAGAUUAGAGAGAUCGACAGGGUUUUUGGGACAUGGCCAGUGGCCAUGGUGUCAGCAAACAGGAAGAGGGUGGUGGUCGAAGGGCCUUCUUGCAACUCAUCAAAGGUUGUGGGAUGGCCGGUGGGGAACCUGAGCUGUGGCACCGCAAAUGAAGGGUCUAGUAGUGAUCCGGCCGGCCUUGGCAUGGCCUCAAAGCCUGCAAGGAUCAACGUCUCAGGCUUUGCAUUCAAUAGUUCAGUACUGUGGGACCCUGACAGAUGGGGACGCCCAACCACGAUGCCCGACACAUCACAGGACUCCUUCAAAUUUGUCCAAGAGGUGAUCGUAGAAGACGAGAAUAAGCUGAAAUGUAUUCCGCCCGACAACUCCAAGAUCAUGUUGUGGCACCUCCAUAUACCAAGAGUCAUCCCUCUCCCAUUCCGCCAAAAACAAAACAAGAGGUAGAAAAAGAGAGGAAAAUAGAGGGUCCAAAGAAGGGUUGUAUCAUAGAGAAAUUUGUUGUCAAAUCUCCGACUUCAUUUUGUUUUCUUUUUGUGGGGAAAGAAUCCAUCAUGUCCCAAGCAAUAUUAUUUAUUAUUAGUUCUUUGGCAUUCUUUUCACUGUGACUGCUACUCUUUAUAAUUGAGGGGAUAGUUCCUGUGCUUGUGUCAAGUAGCAAACAAAGCUAUGAUAAAAACAGCAGAGCGCUAGCGCUUCUUCUCAGGGCCCCAGCGCAAUAAGUGUGGGGAACGGCAUUUGGUGCACACGGCUGAGGCUUGUGAACACAUCAUGUGAACUUGGUCUUGGCACUAAGAAAUGGAUAGCAUGCUUCUUUUGGACCUCAGAGAUAUUUUAUGGGUCUUCAAUCCCUGUCUCAUCGCGUGCUGGUGGAACGUACUGUUGAUGGUUGGUCCAUCGCUAUCGGAAAUGUGACUGAAAGGAAAAGAAGGAUUGCUUUCUUUCUGUUCU